UUCAAUGUAAUCGGUCGCAGCCUCAAUUGAGUGAAGAUGCGGCGCAAAGUUUUUCCUCCGCAUCAUCGUGCCAAGGGGAAGGAUUCACUACCUCCCCUAUCCCACGUCCACCAAAUCCGUGCGAUAUUGUCGUAAACACCCAAGUUUUGGUCGGGGUGGACUGCGGAUUUCGACGAUAUUCUCACCGAAAGGACAUGUCGGAGUAAAACAAUAGGGGAAACAACAUGGAUUCCAUCGCUAUCUAUUAUCUGCUCCAGACCGAGUACCCAGCACAAUUUGUUGAUACCGGCCUGCUCUUACGUCGGACGUCAUUGUAGCGGCGUAACACUUGCUUACGGCUGACUACUUGCUCACCAUCACUUAUACAUCGUAGACUUCACACGGCACUACUAUUUAAUGGAGGUGGAUAGAAGUUGUUUCAGGGUUGCUCAAAUCAUCACAAAAACAACCGCAGCACUCGAAUUUCCGCUCCUGUGAGCUACUCGAAUGUUUUCUUAAAUAGUUUUCAUAUCAUUUCAUCUUCAAUAUAUCCCUCCGUGUUGCUGAGAAUGCAUUCAAAGUCACCAUAUGUUGUAGCCGCAGCCGCGGCCCUGCUCGCAUUUCCUUCAGCGAUCGCAGCACCAGCUAUAAAACACAACGAAUCUGGUCAAUCAGGUAGCAGCUGUCACUACCUUCCAACAGAUAUUCAAUGGCCCGGCCCUGUGGAUUGGAAGAAUCUAAACCAAUCCGUUGGUGGAAGGCUCAUUCUCGGAAAACCUUUGGCUCGAGUCUGCCACAAUUCUGACUAUAACUUGGCUGAAUGCACAGAGAUAGAAGACACAUGGACAGCACCGCUCACAUAGUUAGUUUUAACUCGUAUCCCAAAGCCGAUACAUAUUUUGUUUGAACGUCUCGAGCUAAUUUCAAGCACAAAGUUUCACUGAUCCCGUCAAUGUUAUGGCGCCAUACUGGCUGAAUAAUUCUUGCAGUCCUUUUACUUCUGUAAAUGCAUCGUGCAAUUUGGGAAACAUAGCCUCUUAUGCCAUCAACGUGAGCAGUGCUAAUGACGUCCUCGCUGGCUUGAAAUUCGCCACGAAAAACAACAUACGAGUCACAAUAAAGAAUACUGGCCAUGAUUACAUUGGCAGAUCGAACGGCCAUGGGUCUCUUGCACUAUGGACACACAACCUCAAAGAUAUAUCAUUUCUCAACUAUACCAGCGCUAAUUACACUGGUCCUGCGGCAAAAGUCGGAGCUGGAGUCCAACUUUUCGAAGCUUACAAGACUGCUGCUGAGAACGGUCUGAGAGUUGUAGGUGGAUUUUGUCCAACUGUAGGUAUGGCUGGUGGGUAUGUGCAAGGUGGGGGUCAUGGUCCUCUUGGAGCAGCCUAUGGUCUCGGUGCAGACAACACACUAGAAUUCGAGGUUGUGACUGUUGAUGGUCGCCAUCUUAUCGCCACACCCACGGAAAACUCAGAUCUUUACUGGGCACUUAGCGGUGGUGGAGGAGGAACGUACGCUGUAGUAAUCUCUCUUACCACAAAAGCGCAUGCUGAUGGUAUAGUUGCGGGUGGAUCUUUCACCAUUAACAAUACCGGGGAUAGCAGGUACUGGUCUGCAAUUGAGGCUUGGCAGAAGCAUCUUUUAUUUCUAGACCGAAUCCCAGGCUUCACUGCAGUCUGGGGCUUCACAAGCGACGCUUUCGAACUUGAAUUUGCCACUUGGCCCGGUGGAAAUUCUUUGGCUAUGGCUGAAGCUUUAGAUUCAUACAUAAACGAGGUUCAAGCGAUGAACAUAACAUUUGCAGCAUAUGAAACGAGCGAUAGACCAAACUUCUAUGAUCACUACGAGCACUACACUGGAAGCCUCCCCUAUGGACCUUAUACGACAAACGAUAUUAUUGGGGGCCGCCUGAUCCCACGCUCGACCGUCCAGAAUAAUGUGACCAGUCUAAUUUCUAUUUUCAAAGACAUUAUCAGCACGAACGGAAUCCCCGCAACAUCCUUACGAAUAAACGGCAUAGCAGCUAACGUCACGCACUCUCGAGUCGGAAACGACGUGGGCUCUAACGCUGUUCUCCCCGCAUGGCGCGAUUCUCUCUAUUGGUUAAAUGUUGAUGUCGGUAUCGACCAGGCGGCUUCCACGGAAACGAUACACCAGAUUCAAGCGCAGGUGAAUAAAUUUCAAGAUCAGUUCAAGACGUUGACACCAGGUGGAGGAGCAUACAUGAACGAAGCAACAUUUGACAAUCCGACCUGGAAGAAAGAUUAUUAUGGCAUAAACUACGAUCAACUGCUGAAGGUGAAAUUAUCUUAUGAUCCUAACCUUGUUUUGUAUGCUCAUACUUCGGUUGGGAGUGAUCUUGUGACUGUAGCGUCGGAUGGGAGAGUGUGCAGAGAUUUGUAGGAUCUAGGAGGCUUCAUCAUGAGGGUUAUCAAAGUGUUGUUAGGCACUAGCCCAAUUUCAAAAGCCCUAUUUCAAAAGCUGUGAGCUAUAUGAUCGUACUGCAACAAACCAUACACUAAGGUCUUCUCCAUCUAAUGCAUCUGUGGCAAGCAAUGCAUUCCUUUCGUAGACACUCUUCGAAAGAUGCUAAAAUAAUGAAGCAAAGUUGAAUGAUAUUCAUGAACUUUCACAAAAUUGGAAACCUAUUUGCACAAGCUACUUAUG